CAACUUCAAAGGCUAGAUUAUAAACCGGAGCCGCCGCCCGUCUUCUCCGAGUCUCGGGCUUCCGACCGCCGCCAUGCCUUCGAAGGCCCGGAAGUCCUCCAGACCUCCUUCGACCGCCGCCGACCGCUCGUCCCUCCCCCGUUCUCCCGCGACCCCGGCUCGGGAACCGUCGGAGACCGGCGACGACGAAGCCCUCCGCUGCCGCCUCCUCUUCGACGCAUCCGCCAAGUUCCCCGGUCUCAUCUCUGAUGCUGCCUUCCUUGGGAGGAUAUCCGAGACGGAGUCGUCUUUCUCCAAGGGAGCCCGUGCUACGGUUUGGCUCUCCGAGACCGCUAUGGUCUCCUCCUCUUUCGUCCCCGGCUCCCUCGUUUCGGUAUCACUUGCUGCGUCCUGCAAGAAACCUCUGGAUAGCUUUCCACUUGAUACUUUGGCCGAGGAGUGUGCUAGACAUUUUGGAUUUGAUGCUAGUGAUCGAUUGACUGAUGAACUGGGGAGCUACUUCGCAAUUGCAAAUGUUUUCCCUUCACGCAAGGUUCUCAAGAAUGGAGUAAGGCUGUCAUGGGGUCUUUCAUGCACCAUGGGCUUUCCUGCUUUGGGCAGAGCAGCAUUUGUCUGCGCUAUUGAAAACAUGUCUAACAACCUAACCGGGACAGACAAUAUUACUCAGCUCUACCUGUGCAAGUGCAAGGAUCUUUACCUAGAUCUGGUUCCUCCAAAGCUUGGACCUAUUACUUGCGGCAAAAGGUUAUCUAUCAAUGAUUCUUCAACUGAGUCAGUGUCAAUUGGAAAUUGGAAGGUUGCAUCACCUAAGACUCCUUCAUCCCAUCAAUCGAAGCUUUCUUCUCCUUUUGCCUCUCCAAUGCACUUGAGAAAACCACAUGACUGUGUACUAAGUGCAGAUUCUUCUACAUGCUUGGAUGUCUCCACUGCAAGGUUGGUACUAGUAGAUGAAAAAGUUAAUGGACUGCUGCAGAUUUAUGCUGCGCGGUGGCUUUAUGGACGCCAUUUGCUCAAGGGGAACUUUGUGACUGUUCCAAUAUGUGGACAGAUUUGGGUUUUCCUGGUGGAUGGUUUGGAUAAGUUACCAGCAGGUUGCUCUAAUCAAGAUUUAACUUCUGAAAAUUAUAACUUGCUGCCUCAUGAGAUUCAAAUUCUUGGUUCUUUAGAACAAGUGCAAGCUGCUUUCCUGGUGGACUCAGGGACAAAAGUCCAUUUUUCAGAUUCCAUGUUAGAUGUGGGAACCACAGAUAAAGUAGAACCGCCAUUAGAGAAAAUCGAAUACGAAGCAAAUUUUGAUAAUACUGCUGAUGUCCCAAGAUUGGGUGGCUUAUCUAAAGAAUUUGCAGCUCUGAAAGAAAUCAUUUUGUUUUCAUUGGCGGACAAGGAUGCGUUGCCAAGGUACAAAGGUGUUCUUCUUUAUGGUCCACCUGGCACAGGAAAAACAUCUUUGGCAUCUUCUUGUGCUCAUGAUGCUGGUGCUAGCCUGUUCUGUAUCAAUGGGCCUGAAAUUAUUAGUCAGUACUAUGGAGAAAGUGAGCAAGCUCUGCAUGAAGUUUUUGAUUCAGCUAGGCGGGCCUCCCCUGCCGUGGUUUUUAUUGAUGAAUUGGAUGCCAUUGCUCCAGCACGAAAAGAUGGGGGUGAAGGAUUAUCUCUCCGAAUGGUUGCAACACUAUUGAAAUUGAUGGACGAGAUAAAUAGAGGUGAUCGUGUUCUUGUAAUUGCUGCUACAAAUCGGCCUGACAGCAUCGAUCCUGCUUUGAGGCGACCUGGAAGAUUGGAUCGAGAAAUUGAAAUAGGAGUGCCAUCUCCAGAACAGAGAUUGGAUAUACUUCGUACCCUUUUAUGUGAGAUGGACCACUCCCUUACCAGCACAGAAAUUGGAUCUCUGGCUUUGGCUACACAUGGAUUUGUAGGUGCUGAUUUAGCUGCCCUUUGCAAUGAGGCCGCAAUGACUGCUCUUCGCCGCCACAUCAAGCUAAGAGGUCUAUGCAAGCAAUAUAAGAAAACAUUUGGUGAACCUGAUGGAGAUGUAGCUGGUAUUCAAGGCUCUGGUACUUGCAAAGAUGAGGAUGGAGCAUCUCUGGAUCAGGUGAGUUUGUUGUCAUCGUCACUGUCAGAGCUGAGUGUGUCAUCAAGGCCCGUUUCUACUGUUGGUUCUCAAGGGACCCUAGAAUGUUGUGUCCCUUCUCAACAUGGAUCUUAUAGACCUCAUGAAGUGGAAGAAGAAAUAUUGCUUAAAGUGUCUGCUGAAGAUUUUGAAAAGGCCAAGAUGAAAGUGAGGCCCAGUGCCAUGCGUGAGGUAAUGCUUGAGCUUCCAAAGGUAUGUUGGGAAGAUGUAGGUGGCCAAGCUAAGGUCAAGAAGCAGUUGAUUGAAGCAGUCCAAUGGCCACAGAUAUGUCCAGAUGCAUUUAAACGCUUAGGAAUUCGUCCUCCAAGGGGUUUAUUGAUGAUUGGCCCGCCAGGUUGUAGUAAGACCUUAAUGGCUCGAGCAGUAGCUUCUGAAGCAAAAUUGAACUUUCUUGCAGUCAAAGGCCCUGAACUUUUCAGCAAAUGGGUUGGGGAAUCUGAGAAGGCAGUGAGAUCUUUAUUUGCAAAGGCGAGGGCUAACUCUCCAGCAAUUAUAUUCUUUGAUGAACUAGAUGGCCUUGCAGUCACACGUGGGCAGGAAAAUGAUGGGACAUCUGUUGCUGACAGGGUCCUAAGCCAGUUGCUUGUGGAAAUGGAUGGUUUGGACCAAAGAAUUGGUGUUACAGUUAUUGCAGCUACUAAUCGCCCUGACAAGAUUGAUCAUGCCCUUCUCAGACCAGGACGCUUUGACAGACUGUUAGAUGUCCAGCCACCAGAUGAGGGUGAUCGUGAACAUAUAUUCCGAAUUCACAUGCGUAACAUGCCUUGUAGUCCUGAUGUCCAGACGAAAGACCUUGCUAAUCUUACUGAAGGGUAUACUGGGGCAGAUAUAAAGCUGAUAUGCAGGGAAGCAGCUAUUGCUGCACUCGAAGAGAACCUGGAGAUUUCUGAGGUAUCACUGGCACACUUUAAGAUUGGAAUCAGUAGGGUACAGCCAUCAAAUGUUCAAUUUUAUCAGGAACUUGCAGCACAGUUCCGAAGGCUUGUUGACACCGGCUGUGUCAGAGAUGAGUGAACCAAAGGAGCUCUUAGUCGUGUGUCUACCUUCUGUUCUUCUCCAACUCAGCUCCUUUGGUUGUGGUAGAUCACAUCCCAUUUAUUGGUUCUCUAUUCAUUGUCAUUGUAGGGAAUAUUACUUAAUACAGUCUUGAGCCUGUCUUAGAGUAUUUGCAGCCUCAGAGUACCAACCACACAUUGGUUCGAAGUGCAGGAGAGUGGCAAUAGAGGCUCGCAGUCAUGCUCCUGUUUGUGAUGUCGUCGGAUGUGAGGAUCUGGAUGAUCUGACACUCUUGCAGUUUUGGCUGCAUUUACUGGUGACAAAUUGAUAUAAAAAAUUUCAGCACCAAGCUGAAGCAGUUUUGACUUUUGUUUGCUUUGUUGGGGAGAGAGGCUUGGACGACUGCGUCGCUGGAAGUUCAUUACUGCCGUGGAAAUACUACUACAUUUGACUUCUGUAUACUAGUUUGUCCAUUUCGUAUGCAUUUCUUGUGCUGGUUAAUUUAUUGAUUUGUCAAUUAUGUCUUGAUCUUCAUUUUGCUUGCAUUCUGUAUUGAAUCAAGUUGAGCAUGGACUUGAUGAGAGGUUCCUCACCAUAGUAAUGUAACUUUAUUGGUCA